AUGGGCCCAAAUCCUCUUAAGGUUAUUCUAGUGUCGGGAUCUCCUACUUAUCCCCAAACCCUAUUAAAAGCAUAUUUAAUUGUUAAAUCUCGUGAAAUAAUCAUUGAAUUUAUUCAAACAAAUUCUUCAUAUAUUUCAAUUGAUUAUUGUAAAAUUCUUAUUGAUUCCAAACAUUAUCAUGCUGCAGCAUUACUUUAUUCUGCACAUGAAAAACAUCAACAAACAAUUGAUAUAUGGAAGAAACUCGUAUCAAAUGAAUAUUCGAAUGAUGAUACAUUUCCUGGUAUAUGGAUUAUUGCAAAAUAUAUACUUGAACGAAAUAUUGAUCGAUCAUUAGAAUUUUCUACUGCAACUUGGUUAUUAGAACAAAACGAAGAAGAAUUAGCAUUAAAAAUCUUCAUUAGUAAACAUCAAAAUGAAUCAAAUAAUGAUCCAUUCUCUUCAAAUCGAAUUAUUAAUUUAAUAAAAACACGUCCAACAGCAUUAGUAACUUAUCUUGAAUAUGCUGUAUUUAAUCUUAAAAUUGAAACUGAUGAAAUUCAUACAAUGUUAGUUAAUAUUUAUCUUGAUCAAAUUUUAUCAAAAUCUGAUAUUGAUAACGAACAGACACGUUCUAAACUGCAAGCAUUUAUAAUUACAUCAAAUUCCUAUCGUGUUCAAACUGUUUUAAAUCGAGUUAAUCAAACAAAUCGAUUACAACGUGAAGUAGCUCUUCUCUAUGGCAAAAUGAAUAAUUUUGAACAAGCUUUUCGAAUACUUGUUGAUGAACUUCAAGAUUUUGAAUAUGCGGAAAAUUAUUGUAUAGCUUUAUCACAAGGAAAAUCAAGUGAUGAUCGAAAAAUUGUUGCUCAUAUUUUAUUUAAAGUUUUUCUUAAUUCAUUAAACAAAUAUCCAAAUGAAAUAAAAUCAGCAUUACUUCGUCUUCUUUGUAAUAAUGAUAUUGAAUUUGAUUUUAUUGAAGUUUUACAACGUUUACCAUCUCAUUGGUCAUUAGCAUCAUUAUCUCAAAUUCUUCUACGUGCCUUACGUACAUAUUCAUAUACUCAACGAUCAACUAAAAUUGAAUCAUCUUUAAUUCGUGUACAAAAUGAAAAAUUAAAUAUAAAAUUGCGUCAAUUAAAAUGUUUAAAUACAAUAGUUAAUGAACAACGUCAAUGUAAACAUUGUUUACAACAAUUUUAUGAAACAUCAUGUGUUGUUUAUCAAGAUGGAAGUCAAGUUCAUGUUCAUUGUGCAAAAAAAUAUAAUCCAAAUUAA